CUUGUACUACUUUACAGCAAAGUUAUCCGGAAAUUAUCAAAGGUAAAUUGAAGUGAGUGAGUCCCUCUUUUCUCUCGUUAUACUUGAUGAAACUGCAGAUGAAAUGGAAAUAACUGUGAUACACUUCAUCAUACUGGGAGUCAUCACAGGUUUAACCAAAGGAGCUGGUUUGUUACCAGACGGUCCUCUGGAUGCAGCUGUGGGAGGGACGGUGAUGUUCACCACAACACUGACUCCAGCAGAGAAACCCUUUAUAACAGUGGGCUGGAACAUUGGUGAUAGAAACAUAAUCAGUUCAAAUGUUGGAAACGUAACUGGACCAGGUUAUGAAGGCAGGAUCACCUAUUUCACAUCUACUGCAUCUCUGGAGCUCAGGAAUCUGACUCUUAAUGACAGUGGAGAAUACAGAGUUACCGUUACACCACAGGGAGAAGCACAAAAGCAUGGAACCACCAGACUGUCUGUACAUGAGACAGUUUCUAAUGUAAUAGUAAAUGCCAGCAGCACAGACUUGGUGGAGUUCAGCAGCUCUGUCCGUCUGUCCUGCUCCUCCUCUGGAUCCUCCCUCUCUUUCUUCUGGCUGAACGGCAGCUCUGAGGUUACAGCCAGCGACAGAGUUCAGCUCACUGAUGGAGGCUCCACUCUCACUAUAGUCAAUGUGACCCGCUAUGACCAGGGACCAUUCAGGUGUCGUGUGUUCAAUCCUGUCAGUAACGGCACCAGUGAUCCAGUAAACCUGGUCAUCAUCUAUGGCCCAGAAAAUAUUUAUUUGACGAUAUCUCCAACACAAGGAUACUUUGAGGAAGGAUCAAACAUCAGUCUGUCCUGUUCAGCUGUCUCCAGACCCUCUGCCUUGUUUAACUGGUUUCUAAAUGGAGACCUGCUUUCUGAUACUGGACCAGAGCUCACACUGAUAAACAUUCAGAUGAGUCACAGUGGUAACUACAGCUGCCAGGCCUUUAACAAAAAAAACCUGAGAUAUCAAACUUCUCAGCCAUCAGUUGUCUCUGUACUGGAGAGAAUAUCAGGUGCUUCUGUCAAAUCAUCAACAAACAUGCCGAUUGAGGGGAGCUCUGUCAACCUAACCUGUGACGCAGCUGGCGCUGUGUUUACCAGAAAAUGGGUGAAGGACGGCUCAGAUCUGACUCUGACUGACAACAUGAUACUUCACGAUAACAACAGAGUGCUGUCUUUUAUCAGUCUGAAUAAAAAAGACAGUGGAGAAUAUUCCUGUAAAAUCAGCAACCCAAUCAACACUGAGGAAGCUACAUACACCGUGGUUGUUAACUAUGGACCAGAAAAUGUUCAAAUCACAGGUCCGAAUGAGAUCCAUAUUGAACAGACCUUAACAUUAACCUGCUCUGCUGAGUCCACACCAUCUGCUAGUUACACCUGGACACUGAAUGGGACUGAGAUACACAACUCUUCUGUGUUUGCUAAAGACAUCACUGAACUUUCUGACAGUGGCAACUACAUCUGCGAAGCAAUGAAUAAUGUAACUGGAAAAACAUCAUCAUCAGCGGUCCACCAGUUGUCUGUAACAGCUGUCAAAACUUCACCCUGUUCGGCUGGUUGCAUCGCUGGAUUAGUAAUCGCAUGUUUGGUCAUCUGUGGAGCAGGUUUUGGUGGAGGAUACUACAUAUAA